AUGCCAUUCAGUUCGACUCUACAUGUGGCGACCUACGUUGUGUGUGCUGUAUCGAAACAGGAGCCUUCCAUACUUCGCCUUAGCGGAGAAUCAGGUCGACUGGAGACAUCUGCCCUGGGACAGGUCUCCGUCCGUGCAAUCCCAUCUUCGUUUGGCUCGCUGGAUGACCUCGUUGAAAUAGCGUGA